AGAGACUCUUCACAUGCUGACCACCAGCAGGUGAGCGCACGCGAUAGAGAGAGAGGGACAUCCCGUGUCCGAAAGAUGGAACGUGCCCGGCCUGAUGUGACCAGCUAUUCCAUCAAACAUGAUUAGAAAUCUCCAAAAAGAAUGGAUGUAAUGUAAUGCAUCCUUGAACCUAUUGUACAAUUUAUUACUGUGCAAAAGUCAUAGAUACCCUAUUUCUGUCCACUCACUGUCCACUUUAUUAGGAAUGCCUGUACACUUGCACUUUCAUGCAUUUAUCUAAUCAGCUGGUCACGUUGCAAUGCAAAAAAAAAAAAUCAUGUAGCUCCAGGUCAAGAGCUUCCGGAAGUGUUCACAUCAGAAUGGAGGAGGACUCUGGGACUCCGAUCGUGGCAUGCAUGUUUGAGCCAGUAUUUCAUCAGAUCCAUAUUUGUCGUGACCACAAUUGUGUUUAAAACUGUGCCAUUCCUCUCAGGCAUAGAUCUGUACAUUUAUAUCAGGAGAAGGGCCGUCACAGUACGUUUGUUUCUGCUGCUAAAACCAGACAGGCUCCAUAAUAUUUUAGCUGAAAGUGUUCUAACUGGUCAUUGGUCCAUGCCCUUACAUUCGCAUGCCUGUUACAGAGAACCACAAAUGACCGUACAUCUUCAGGUGCAAGAUUGGGGAAUAUUUUCUGACUGAAAUACUGAGAAACCUGUUUUGUUUUAUUUCCUAGGAAACUGAAAUUCAUCUCUUCCUCUUGCAGACAGCUGUGUAAUACAUGUGUCUUUGUGAGUGCGAAUACAACAGACCUACAGAGACGGAGUAAUAGUUUCACUUUACCUCUCACUGUCACCGAAUCAAGGAAGACACACUGCAGUCAUACACACCAUUAUCUAAGCUUUAUCAUCGCAACAACGGGGAUGCUGUGUGAAAGCAGGUUGUGGCAUAUGAUAUUUUGCCCUAAAUCUGAGUGUGUGGAUCCUCCCACUUGCCACUCGGUCACUACUCCUAAAACUCCUCCACUAACCAGCAACCAGUCCACUCAAAUUCAAGUUCCCGUUCAUUGCUCUUCCAGCAACUCUUCUCGAGAACUUCGGUCCCAGCAUGGUGAGUCUCAGCCUCUUUCUACGGCGCCACUGGAUUGCCGAAAUCUCUCUCCGCACGUGGGCAUCCCUGGCCGAGCUCCAUCUCCAGGAACAGAGGCUUUCCUGGUGCCCUCUAACUGCCACAGCAUCUGCCAGCACUACAACGAUUUGUACAUUGCUGGAGGCCAGGUGUUACCUCUGAGUCCUGGUUUAGGUAAUCUGGAAGGCAGUUCCUCACAGGACCUGCACCCCGGGCCCUUCCUGCUUUCCAAGGAUGUUCCUCCCCCCUCCCUUCUCCCUCCUCUGCUCCCUGAAUACAGGAGUUCCCGACGCUGGAGAGAGGGCAGUGUGCGUGAACGUCUGUCUCUGCUGCAGGAUGGUCGUCCACUUUCUAACUCGGAGCUGAACGGCUACCUGGAGAAAAAGGUGCUUGAGCUGUACACAGAGUACAUGACCGAGGGCAACAUCAUGGAGUCCGAGCUAGAGCAGGUCAUGCUACAGCUGAGCCGAGAGCACAACCUGGAGACGGGGCAGGUCAAAGAGAUACUUCUCAGCUGCCUGCUGAGGGCCACCAGUAGCCAGCAGUCCAGUGAGAUCAGUACACCGCUGCUGCAGAUCUCCACCCAGACCAGGUCAAAUGCACAGAGAGAACAAGCGGGAGAGGCAGAGCGGGAGAAAGACCAUGAUGGGAAGUUGUAGAGCUAGAAUGAGAAAAAUACCUUUCAGUCAUGUAUUUACUGUAUAAAAUAGAAAAACCAAAAGUGUGAUGUUGCGUGUAUUUUAAUGCUAACUUUUUAAAAAGAAAAAAAAAAUGUUUCUGAUGUUAAAACAGGAAAAAGCUGAAAGAAAUGGGAAUCAGAAUGUUUAUGCAAAAUGCUACACAGAUGAAGACAUUUACUUUGUAAGUCAGGAGGAUAAAAAUGCAGUCUAAUUUCAGUCAUAGCUGUUUAUGAAAAUAAUUUAGUUCCAUAAUUUUGCUGAACUUGCAGUGUGGUGGACUGGAAUGGUGUUCAGAGUAUGUUCCUGGGUCAAGUCCAUGAAUGAAUUUAGCUGAACAGUUCAUAGACACAUUAACGCUUGUUAAAGCCACUUCUUUCUCCAAACUAGCCUAGCAGCAUCAUGUCUGGAUUUGUCCAUGUUUGUUUUAAAACUACAGUUUUCUGAUUCUGUUUUUAUUUACUACUUCUUUUGGAUUAAAAUU